CGCCGGUCUCUUCUCCAACGUCCUCACUCCCUCUUCCACUCAGACGACGAGCACCAUGGCAGGAAAUAUGGACGCUAUCAUGCUCAUUGGCGAUUCUCUCACGCAGGGCGGCUGGGAACCUGGCGGGUUCGCACAACGACUAGCAUACAGGUAUGCGCGGAAGAUGGACGUCCUCAACCGCGGUCUGAGCGGGUACAACACCGAGUGGGCACUGGAAGUGUUCAAGCAGACAUUUCCAAGGAACGACGGCGGCGGCGGGGGGCAGAAGGUCAAGCUGCUCAUCAUCUGGUUUGGAGCGAACGACGCUGUCCUCCCUCCCAAAGUGCAGCAUUCCCCCCUCCCAAAGUUUAAGGAAAACAUGCACACUCUUAUCUCCCUGCUCCGUUCUCCAAGCUCGGCAUACCACUCCCCCCACACGCGCCUGCUGCUCAUCACCCCUCCUCCCUUCUCCUCCCUCCAGCGCGGGUCGAUCCUCGCCUCCCGCACCCCUCCCGAGCCUCUAGACCGGGAUCAGGCAGUCACGCGUGCCUAUGCCCAGGCGGUAAGGGAGUUGGGGGAAGAACAGGCGAUCCCCGUGGUUGAUAUGUAUACUUUACUUUGGGAGGGCGCUGGGGGGAAGGAGGAGGGACUGGACAAGUGGAUGCAGGAUGGGCUGCAUGUGAACGCUGCUGCGUAUGAGGUGUUGUAUGAUCAUAUAGUCUCUACUGUGAAAACGCAUUAUCCUGAACUUCACCCGGACAACCUCCCUUUCGUGUUUGCCCCAUGGGACGAGAUGAUCCGCACUACGGAUGUGAAGGGGACGUUGCAGUCGAGGUAUAAGAACGUGUAGGGCGUCGAUGCCCGAUAGAUGAACAUAAAGAUACGAUACUGUCAAUGUCGGUCGAAGUCUAUCGAAAGGAUAAACUCCAAGCAGGCGUUACCCGCUCGCAUCCGCUCCCAAUGUUGGAGCUGUUGUCCAUCGGAUGUGUACUUAUCCAGCCCCUUCCCCUCCCCUUUCCAUUCCCCGUAUCCUUAGUUUGAUAUAUCCAUCCAUUUAAU